AUGAUGUACGCUCACCUUCGAAAGAAGGUCAAGAACGGACGUGGUGUCCCUUGUGACGCAUGUUCUGCGAGUAGAAAACCCUGCUCCAGGAAGAUGUCUCCCGGGGGUCCACCUCCAUGCAUUCGGUGCACACGCAAGCAACUUGCUUGCACCUGGACUACUGUCGGUGGCGGACGUGGCAGCACAGCGAGGAAGAUGAAGGUGCACGACAAAGAGGACGACGAAGAUGAGGAAGGCUGGGAGGACAUAGAGGUCGACGAGGAGGAGAAGGAGAAGGGAGACUUGAUCCUCAGCCAGGAGGACGACAAGGAAGAGAAGAAGCUACGGAAGGAGGAGUUUGAGGCGGAAGAUCCAUGGCGUUACAUGGCUGCCUUGCCCCUUGGACAUGUCCCAACAAUGCGCCGUGUCAUGAUCCUCACCUACCACAAGCUCAACCCCGCUGAGAAGCUCUUUCCCAUACCUCAUCUCAAUUGGGUAUUCCUGACUCGCGAGGAGAGGAAGCGCGUCAUUACAAUGAUCCACGAAUCCAAUGGCAAUGAUCUUCUUGUUGAAAUGCUUCGCUGGUUCUCUGCAAAGUUCAUGGAAGAAGACAAGGACGUGGAGAAGGCUACUCAAACUCUGCGAAAGCAUGUCACCAAUGCAGUCCGCCAGCCCAAGAGCUACCAAGUCGAGUACUUCAAGCAACGAAAGCUUUGGAACGAAUUUCUGGGCAGAAAAGAGGAUGAUGAUAUUGAGAUGGGGGGCAUGGACAGCAGCAUCCGAUUGUCUACAACCGUUUCCCGACCAUCCGAAUUCAUUACCAGCAUUCAUCAGCCACAAGGAGGAGACAAUGGUGAUGCCACCCGACUUCGAGGAUCUGUUCGAAACACCCUCCGUGGAAUAAAGCCACGUGUCGAAACCACCUUCCAACCGUCCUACCCUUACAAGACUGAGACCUGGCGAAAGGAUAUUACCUUCAAGAAUGCAGCGUCAGCAAAAACACACUAUCGCACCGGUGGUUGGGGUGAGACAUCGUUCGCUGAAACGAAAAAGAGAAAGCAAGAAGAUAUCGAACUUCCUUACAUCUUCACUGCUGCUGAUGAAGACGUCUCGACGGACUCUGACCCCGAUGAAAGAGACGAGGAAGUUAACAUCUUCGCCACUACAGAGCUCCCUGGCAGAAAGACUCGGACUGGCAAAGAAUUCUCAGCCUUCGCUCCCCAACAACCUUCAAAGAAGUUGAAGACCUCUCCGGCCAAGACACCAAGUACUCCUAAGAGAUCUAGCUCUUCCAAGACAAUGGCCACUCCCAAGAACAAGGCAUCGACUUUUAAGACUAUGCUCGAGACCUCCAUGCCGAUGACAGAUUCUCCAAAGCCGAUCAUCAAGUCUCCCAAUGGAAAGCCUAAGGAUCCAGUGGUUCAUCAGGUCAAAUUCGUUGAUGAGGACGAGGAAAUUGAUGACUGAUAUGGGAGGCGAUAAACAAUAGUUUAAGCCGUGCUCAUUACUUCAACGUCUUUUGUACAAUAGAAUCAGCACCACAUCAGUGCAUUUUCUCCACAUCUUCUGCUUUCCAGAGGCAAGUAGGGGCUUUGCAGACACUGAAAUACAAGCAACCUGAAAUUAGGAAAAUUUCCAUAUCAAAAGUGACGCGCCGACGACUGUCUGCCUUGUGAAUGCAAAUAAAAAUUAGCUCAAUUCACUCCUUGAUAAUAAGUACUUGAUUCGACUUCAGCCUCGUCAACUCGUAG